AUGAGCUGCCCAAGAUCUCUCUUCAAGCGGCUGGGAGACCCGGAACGUGCACUUGAAGCGGGCAGAGAGGCAUGGCACAGAUAUGAACCGAUGUCAUUGGCGAAUGUGGACAGUUCUUUGCUGCAAGGAUCCCAGAGGUAUGCCUGUGAGCGUGGCAGCUGCUGGCCUUUAGCAGUGCAUCUCCUGCGGGGGAUUUCGCAAGCAGGCAUCCAGCCGGAUGCCAUUUCGUUCAACACUGCUUUGGGCGCCCUCGAGGAAUCCGGCCAUUGGGAGCUAUCGCUUAGUUUGCUAGAGGAAAAAAACAAAGUUUGGCCUUCAGAUCCCAUUGCGGUUGGUGUUGUAGUCACCUGCUGCGAGGCCGCACGAGCGGUGUCAGCAGCUGUUCGGGUGGCAUCAGCACAUGCAACGCCGAUGGUUGCAGAGGCCACUUCGCCAUUUUCCAGUGGAAGGACAUUGCUGGCAGACAAGGGACAGGCAAUACCUGACUUCCAGCACACCUCGGUGCUCCUUGAAGAGGUCCGUGAGGCCUUCAAGGCUGCGCAGCUGCCACCUGGGGCAGUCAUUGUGGAUUGCUUCUUGGAAUUGAUCGAGAUGCAAUGGCACUUCAAGCUGCAAAGCAGCGGCUGGCGAUCUACCAAGAGCGUUCCCAAGGCUGCAGCUCCACCUGGCGGCCUUUUACUGCGUGUGAAGGCUUGUGGGGUUUGCCGCUCAGACUACCAUGGUUGGAAAGGCCUUGAUUCUGACAUUGUCACGCAUGGCUUGCCUUUCACCCCAGGUCAUGAGCUGAGUGGUGUUGUGACGAAGCUUGGUCAAGGAACAACCAAAUUUCAGGUGGGUGACCGUGUGGCGGUCCCCUUUAUUCUUAGCUGCGGCAAUUGCCGGCAAUGCGCUAGGAAUCGUCCGACCAUUUGUGAGGCCCAAGCGCAACCCGGAUUUACAAUGCCUGGCGGCUUUGCGGAGUUUGUUUCGAUCCCUCGUGCAGACCGAAAUGUCAGUUUGAUGCCCCCAAAGGUGUCCUUCCUUCAAGCUGCGGCUUUGGGUUGUCGUAUGACUACAGCCUACCGGGCAGUAAUACAGCAGGGUCGCCUUCAAGUUGGUGAGACGGUAGCGAUCUUCGGUUGUGGUGGCCUAGGGCUUGCUGCUGUUAUGAUUGCUGCAGCUGCUAGAGACAAUGUUCGGAUUCUUGCCGUAGACACCAGUGACGAGGCAUGUAAGAAGGCCAUUGAAUUGGGGGCUUGGCAUGCCUUCAAUGCUAAAGAAGGCAACGAGUAUGUGAGGUCCAAGAUUGCAGAGGUCACAGGUGGUGUGGGGGCUGAUUUGACUCUUGAUGCUGCUGGCUUCGCGGAAAGCUGCGAAAAUGCCGUUUGGUGCACUCGCCGGGGAGGGCGUAUGGUCCAAGUGGGGCUCCUGCUGCAUGGGAAGGAGCCGUCCAUUCCCAUGGCCAGGGUCGCAGGCCAAGAGAUUGAGAUCAUUGGUUCCCACGGCCUUGCCGCCAGCGACAUGCCGGUUCUGCUCUUGAUGGUCGCCUCAGGGAAGCUGCUGCCCGAGAAGCUCGUCACGCGUGAGGUCACCUUGGAAGAGGGUGCGAAGGCAAUUGAAGCUAUGGAGCAUGGCUCCCCGUUGGGCAUCACUAUGAUUACACACUUCAAGGCAAAAGAUCUCAAAGAGUCCAAAGGUGUGCGCUUAGUACAAGGAAAUUUUGCUGACUUUGCGAGCUUCCUCCAAAACUCUUUCACGGAGAGGCCCAUUUGUCACGGACUUCUUGCUGAUCUAGGUGUUUCAUCACCUCAGCUGGACUGCUUCGACCGCGGCUUCAGCUUCCGCGGCGAUGGGCCGCUGGAUAUGCGGAUGGACACGGACGAAAGGGUCCACACUGCCGCCUGGCACAUCUCGCAUUCGCAGCCAAAGCAGCUGGCGAAAUGCAUUUGUGACUUCGGCGAUGAGGAGCCUGCCUUCGCAAAGCUCGUGGCAGAAGCCCUUUGCAAUGCCAAACCGCAACGAACCAGAGAGGCUGUUGAAAUCAUAGAGGAGUGCGCCAGACAAGCUUCGAUGACACGAGGAAAGGUGCACGUUGCUACAAAGACUUUUCAAGCUCUCAGAAUUCUCGUCAAUGGUGAGUUGGGAGCAUUGGAGACUUUGCUGGCAAGCGCAGAGCAGUACUUGGCACCUGGAGGCCUCAUGGCCAUCAUCACAUUCCACUCGUUGGAGGAUGACUUGGUCCGGUGUAAGGUUCGCGGCGAAGCUUUGGCAAGAAGCUCCCGCGAAAUGAGCAGGAGCAGUGUUUGGAUCCCUGCUGGAUCGCGAGAGGGCUUGCGGCCCAGUGACACGGAAGUUGCCCGAAAUGCCAGGAGUCGUAGCGCGCGGCUGCGCCUCGCUGUAAGGGCCAGCAGGAGGGAGAGUGAACCGAGGUGCUUCAAGUACAGCUCCAAAUCGUACAAGAUCGUUGGGACAUGGGAUGACUUCAAGGGCAAUGAGAUGCAAUGGGAUGGAACGAAUUUCUUCUUCAUUGUGACCCUCAGCUCACAGGAGUGGGAUAGCUUUCAGAUUUUGGAAGAUGGCAGUUGGGAGCGCACUUUGUACCCCAGCUGCCGAGAUGGAAAUCCAUUUGUUCAGCACCAACUGAUGGGCCCCGAUGGCAAAGGCCAUGGACGCAACUGGACAAUUGGUCGACACGAGGAAGAUGCUGGAAAGGCACAGAGUCUUUACAAGGUGGAGCUCCGCCCAGACACGGUUGGCAGGCCCAGCUUGGUGACAUGGCGGAGGCUUCGCGAGGCAGAGGCAGAGAGCUUACGGCAGCAGGCGCAACGAGCCAAAGAUGAGCUUCGGGCCAAGGACCUGGAACUCCGCCGUUGCAAAGCGGACGAAAAUGUUCGCUUACGUAAAGAGUACGAAGAGCGGAAGGGGAAAUAUUCGAAGAAGCUGCUGAAAGAGCCACAGGUGCCUCAGUCUGGAGACGACCAGACUGCAGAGAGCUCUGCAGACUUUGCUCAUGGUUUCGAUUUUGCCGUGAUCACCGGUGCUGCCGGGAACUUUGGUGCUGUUUGUGCCAGGAUGAUGGCAGCAGAGGGGGCCAAGCUGGCUUUGGUUGACCUGGUAGAGGACAAGCUGCAAGCAGUCGCGUCAGAGAUCCAGGACCAAUACAAGGUGCCUGUCAAGGCCUUCGCGCUGGAUGUGACAAAAGAUACUGAUGUAGAGAAGACAGUGGCCAAGAUCAAGGCAGAGUUUGGUUGCAUCGACUGCCUCUUCAACAAUGCUGGAUAUCAAGGACUAUUCGCCCCCGUUGAUGACUAUAGCACAGAGGAUUUCGAGAAGGUCAUGAAGAUCAAUGUCACUGGAGUUUUCUCAAUGCUGAAGUAUGUGUCCAAGGUGAUGAUAGACCAGAAAGCAGGCUCCAUCGUGAACACUGCAUCCUGUGCGGGGCUGGGCUGUCCUACAUCGAUGCCAGCCUAUGGAACUAGCAAAGCUGCAGUGAUGCACCUUACGAAGAUCUCGGCAUUGGAUUUGGCACCAAGCAACGUGCGCGUGAAUUCCGUGAGCCCGGCGUUCAUCGGCCCUGAAGAUGGAUUCAUGUGGCGAAGGCAGGUGGAGCUUCAAGCCAAAGCCAAUCCGACCAAUGGCCCUGAGCGAUACUAUUCCAACGACCCUGAUACCGUUUCCAAGCAGAUGCUGGAGUCUGUGCCUUUGAGACGCUUGGGCACGCCUGAGGAGGUCAUCCAAACAGUGAUGUUCUUGCUGAGCGAGGAGUCCUCCUACAUCACAGGAACUGACAUCAACAUAUCUGGUGGAAACGUUCUGGGUGGAGCUCGGGGCUGA